AUGAUCACUAGAGAUUCAAUACCUUUGAAGUGUGAGGUGGUAAUACCGAAUCCUGACACGCCAGUUCGCUUUGUCUUGGAUCGAUGGUCUGACAUUGGUCUAAAUCGCCCAGCACUGGUGGUAGUGCCAGACACCGAGCAAGACAUCAUCGAUACAGUACUUUAUGCGAAGAAUAAAGGCUUGGAGUUAAUCCCUGGCGGCGGUGGCCACGGACCCUUUGUCUCUAUCACUGAGAAAACGCUCUAUCUCGACUUGAAGCGGUUUGACAAGGUGGUCUUGGAUACAAGCCAAGAGCAGGCCAAGAUCAGCUUCGGUGGAGGGACUCUGACUCGUCGGGUCAUUGAUGCAUGCACAUCCAAGGGGUUUUAUACCACUUGGACAAACAGUUAUGGCGUCGGGAUGGUGGGGAGUGUGUUGGGUGGAGGCAGCCAACCUCUUAAUGGACUACAUGGUAUGAUUAUGGAUCAAUUGAUUUCGAUCAGGCUCAUCACUGCUGCGGGAGAGGUGUUGGAACUGGAUUCAUCUUCGGAAGGGGAGGAGUUGGCCCUAUUUCAUGCACUAUGUGGCGCGGGACACGGUCUUGGGGUCGUGACAUCUAUGACUUUAAAAGCCUUUCCACUUGCAGCACUUCGGAUGAAGAACGAUGAGGUCUGGUGCCGCCGAGUCACUUUUCCGGCAGACGCAAUCAACCUGGCAGCCGAAAAGUACAUGCAGUUGCUGCCACCGAAACCCUCUCAGUAUGUGCUACUAAUGUUUGCGAGGGAGCCUGUCACAUCAACGGGUCCAGGUGCUCCAAUAAUCAUUCUGUCAUCCCUUUACUAUGGCCCACAGGAGGAGGGAGAGCAGGCUUCUAAGCCAUUAUUCGAUGAUGCGGUUGUCAAUAAUACAAAUAUACAUCCUGAAACAAUUUUGACGCCUCUGUCCCAAAUGAAUGAGGCCUGGGCUCCAUUCAGUGUACACGGAGAAUACAAGGAUAUAUCAUCAGCAUGGCUCAGAACUACGCCUGUUGAGACAAUGAAGGCCUCCUUCCAGCAAUAUGUGGAGUUCACCGAUCACUACAAAGAUGCUACUCGAUCCACCAUUGUCCAUGCCACUCACAACCCAAAGAAGCAUGUGGCAAUUAGUGAAACGCCAGAAGGACAGGCUAAAUACUUCGAGAGUCGUGAUCGCGGUACGUGUAUGCUGGUGAUGCCCUGGACCAACAACCCGGAGACAGUUGAGCCCAUGCGCGCCUUUGCAAAGAAAAUCAAAGCGCUUUACCGCAAAGCUCAGCCUGAUUUGGAUGUCCCAAGGACCUUCCCGAAUAACAUGCAAUCAGACACACCAUUGGAGGAAUUGCAUACAGUUGAUCGCAUUAAGGAACUGAAGAGGAUCAAGAAACUCUGGGAUGAGUCUGGUGUGUUCUGGAGUCCGUAUGGAGACAACCGGAAAUGA